AUGCAUUCCUCCACCUCCACCUGUGCUUCUGCCUCCACCUGUGCUUCUGCUUCGACCUGUGCUUCUGCAUCCACCUCUUCACCAGCAUCAAGCCUUACUUGGACAGCCUCAAAGGUCCGUAAGGAAUUCAUCGACUUUUUCGUUCAAGGAAAUUCCCAUACAUUCGUUGCCUCCUCUCCUACCAUUCCCUUUGAAGACCAGACUCUGCUUUUCGCCAAUUCUGGGAUGACCCAGUUCAAGCCCAUCUUUCAAGGCACUGUUGAUCCAAGUUCGCCAUUCGCCAAACUUCGUCGUGCUGCAAAUACGCAAAAGUGCAUUCGUGCCGGCGGAAAGCAUAAUGACUUGGAUGAUGUUGGAAAGGACACGUAUCAUCACACCUUUUUUGAGAUGCUUGGAAAUUGGUCUUUCGGAGACUAUUUCAAACGCGAAGCAAUUGAAAUGGCCUGGAAGCUGCUAACUACCGUUUACAAGUUGGAUCCGGCCCGUAUAUAUGUCACAUACUUUGAGGGAAAUCCGGCGCUCGGAAUUCCAGAAGACAUCGAAGCAAAGGAGCUUUGGAUAUCUCAAGGAAUCUCCCCCGCCCAUCUUCUUCCAUUUGGAAUGAAAGAAAACUUUUGGGAAAUGGGAGAAUCCGGUCCGUGCGGCCCAUGUUCCGAAAUCCAUUAUGAUCGGAUUGGCGGCGGCCGAGAUGCAUCUCAUUUGGUAAAUCGCGACGACCCCAUGGUUCUUGAGAUAUGGAACCUGGUUUUUAUGCAGUUUAAUAGAGAAGCAGACGGAUCGCUUCGUUUGCUUCCAAACCAGCAUGUCGAUACAGGGAUGGGAUUUGAGCGCCUUGUUUCCGUUUUACAAGAAAAGCCAUCAAAUUAUGAUACCGAUGUUUUCGAGGGGCUUUUUGAGGCGAUCAGAGAAAAGUGUAAUGUCCGCCCAUACUCCGGACUUGUUGGGAACGAAGACUUUUGCUCUGGGGGCGGUGGAAUCGACACUGCAUAUCGAGUCAUUGCCGAUCAUAUCCGGACGCUUUCCGUAGCGAUUUCGGAUGGAGGUUCCCCAUCAAACGAAGGAAGAGGGUAUGUGUUAAGACGCAUUCUUAGACGAGCCAUAAGAUAUGCCCAUGAAAAACUGCACGCUGCCCCUGGAUUCUUGUCCUCUCUUGUCCCAGUGGCUGUUGGAUCAACAAUUGGGGAUGCAUUCCCAGAGCUCUUUUCCUCGAUUCCUCGUAUCCAGUCAAUUAUUAGCGAAGAGGAGGCCCAAUUCAGGAAUACGCUUGACAAGGGGAUUUUGCAGUUUUCCAAGUUUGUUGAAAUGGCCAAAGAGUCAUCCCUCUCGACGUUGGAUGGCGCUUUCGCUUGGAAAUUGUACGACACUUAUGGCUUUCCGUUCGAUCUGACUCUUCUUAUGGCUGAGGAGCGGGGACUAACCGUUGACAAGCAAGGCUAUUUGGAAGCCCAGGCAUUAGCCAAGGAAAUCUCAAAAGGAACAUUUGCUUCGUCUUUGCCAAGUUCAAAUGAUGAUCCGCUUUCGGAACAACGACUUUCUCAAUUUGUGCUUGAUGUUCACAAACUGGAAGAAUUGUCGAGGCUUAAAAUACCGCCCACAAAUGAUGAAUCCAAGUAUUCUACAGUCUCCGAAAAGCUAACAUCGACGCUGCUGGCAAUUUUCAAUACCCUUACCAGCGAGCAUAAUGAUAAGCCGUUGGAAAGCCUUUCUGCUUCGACAGAACCGAUUCCCUGUGCUUUGGUCUUUUCCCGCACCAAUAUGUAUGCUGAGGCUGGAGGACAAAUCGGAGACUCUGGCUCGAUUACUCAGCAAAAUACCCUUUUCGUUGACAUUAAAGAUGUCCGCCGAUUUGGCUCAUAUGUGGUCCACUUGGGCUUUUUGGCGCCUGGCUCGUCGAUUUUUACAAAUUCAGAGUACGAUCUUUGUUACGAUUCGCAGAAAAGAGCUGCUCUGAGAAGAAACCAUACUGGAACUCAUCUUUUGAAUUGGGCAAUUUCAUCCACAAUUUCUGGCUCUUCUCGAAUGGACAAGGUAACCGACCAAAAGGGAUCGCUCGUGGCUGCAGAUCGUUUGCGCUUUGACUAUGGAGCACCUAACCCUCCAUUGUCAAUUGAGGAAUUUGUUGAAAUUGAACACAAAAUCAACGCCAUCAUCCGGACAAAUGCCCCUGUGAUAACAAAAGUCGUUCCGCUGGCAGAGGCUCGAUCAAUCCCAAAUCUAAGAGCCGUUUUUGGUGAAAUAUACCCCGAUCCCGUUCGUGUUGUCAUGGCAGGAGAUGAAGCUUCUGUAGAAUUGUGCGGUGGCACCCAUGUGUCGUUUUGCGGCGAUAUUUCCGACUUUGUCAUUACCCAGGAUAAUUUGAUUGCAAAGGGAAUCCGAAGAAUCGUGUCUUUGACUGGACCCCAGGCUGCAGAAUCAAGAUCUGCUGCCAAAUCCAUUAGAGCCGAGUUGGAUAGACUCGACCUCAGCGAUUCGAAAAAUGGCAGCUCUCUUUCCACUUUAAAGUAUCUCGCCAAAAAGAUUGACGAUACCGACCUUCCGAUUUAUGAAAAGGCUUCCCUGCGUCAAUUGUUAGCUACCGCUAGGAAGCAAUGGGACGAUGGUGAUAAAACCCGCAAAGCAGCCAUCCUUCAAAACAUGAUGAAGGAAUUUGAGGAAGCACUCUCGAUCUCUGAGAAGCCAAUCGUUAAGGUUGUUGAGGGAGCCGAUGGAAAAAUACUUUCAUCUGCCUUGGUUCCCUUUAAAGCCAAGAAAAUCCCUGCGCUUUUAUUGUCGCACGAUGUUGAGAGCGGCGCUAUUUGUUUGAUUGCAUAUAUCCCCUGUUCGCUUGGAGUUACCCCUAUUUCUUGGCUUGAUGCGAUCAAUCAUUUGAUCUCUGCAAGGUACGGCGCUGGUAAGGGAGAAGUUGCACACGGCACCGCAGUUGUUGGCGACGUUUGCACGGUUAACGAGGCCGUUCGUGAAGCGCGUAUGUUUGCCGACAAAUAUUUCAAUUAA